ACCAGUAUUCUUGUAUUUUAUUGUGAUACAUUCGAUGAGCAAGUAUAUCUACUUUGCAACAAGAUACAUUUUGAUGUAUUUGUGGCCAUUAUAGUGAACAUCAGCUUUGGAUAACAGUCUUCCUAAGUACCAGGUGCUCCGUAUUCAAUUGCACUACUCAAAAUCAGUCAGGGAUAUUGAGAUAUUGGUGCAUAUAUGCAUUUAUAUGUGAUAAAAUUCAAAUGAAAUGCAUUGCAUUCACAGACAGCAAAAUAAAGAUAAGUCAAGGUAUAAACAAACAGAGGGCCAAACUCCUGACAACCACAUAUGCACCGACACUGUAAGGUAAGGGUUAGUGGGGGACAUGUAACCCCCCCCCCCGGUGGCCGCCCCUGUCCACAGAGCAUUCAGACGCGAUUCAACACAGCCCUGAUAACAGCAGCAGUAGCUGCUCUGGAUGCUGCGCUCAGUCCCGAGACAUGCCUUUCUGCUCCGGAUCAAGCCGCGCGUCCAUCUGGCCGUGUCACCGUCGGAGCAGGCGUCUCAAUUAGGAUAUCUGCAUCCGCUGUGUUCUCCCCCGUACCCGCCUGUUUGGCAGACGCCUGGCCGUUGACGGACUGCGGGACAGAAUGAGGAUUGGCCGCGGUGUCAUCCCGCAGCCCGAACCCGUCUGCUUGGGGCUUUCUGGCCUCGGUACGCCCUUGGAUUGUUUCGGCAUGCUAUAGGAUUCCAUGAACAACAAACAUGAGGUGUCGGCUUGACUGGGACAAUGCGAAAGGAAGUGCGGCGGCGGUUCGACAGGGUUUCCGAAAACUGCGAGCUUGAGAUGCUCCACAGGGCGUCUGCUGGGGUCUGUCAGCUCCGCGAAGAGACGAGCUCACACAUGUUACUGUAGGAUACUACCGCCCGGGUCUGUCAUAUCAAGACUGGAGAUAGCGUUGACACCAGACGCACCACAAAGCCCCUCUGGAUGGUGAUGCUGCCGCCGGGACUGGGGUCUACUGGCAACCGGCACGAGCCUCAGUGGAAAACCGGGAGACAUGACAUGCACAAGAAAAAAGAGGAAACGCAGCUUUGGCUUCUUUAAACCCGUUGUUUUGUAACGGGAGUCCGCAACAGGCUUUGCCAAACACCUUUGGCGAAGAUUUGGACCAGUGACACAGCUGUCAGUCCACCGCAGGUGCUGCUGUCUGUCUCAUUACCAGCUGUGUCCAGCUAGUCAUUUUCCCUGGAAACAGCCAGGUGGAUCGCUGUAGCCCGCAUUUCAUGCAGACUGGAACAAACGGCCUGCCUGCCAUAGUGGGGAGGACAAGCAGCCCACAGCAGGCUCCUUCAUGCUGCAGCAGCUGGUAGCUCUCCAGUCCUCAUCAGACCUUAAGGCUCCAUGUGAGGAGGCCUGAUGCUGGGCCCCACUGUCAGACACCAGCUCUGUCUACAUCUCAUCCAGUGAGCUUUGUCGCCUCCUCCCACAUCAAGCCAGAGGUAUCGGGCUGCUGUUGCUACCCAGUUCCUGACAAUGACUCUGCCCUCCGCCGCCAACCAACUUCCAGCUUCGUAAAGCCCCUCCUUCAAGACACACAGCCUCCCUCACAGUUCCAGAGCGAGUGGAACUUCCAAAAUGACCUGAUAAAAACAGGUAACCAAUCAUAUAUUUGAUCGGGCAGGACUUGUCUCAUGUCCAUCUGAGACCAAAUAAAUGGAGGAGAAGCUUGUUCUGGCUGUGUCUGUCUAUCCUGAGCUUCAUCAGACAGACACUGUCGUAACAAAGACAGAAAAAUCUCAAUGUCUGUACUCUUAAUGUUGUUGGAUCAGGCGGGGAGACGACAUAAUACUCCAACAGAGGGACCCUGCUCGAAAUGGGGCAAUGUGGAUUGAGGUGUCCCUGUUCCUUCUGAACUUCGGAAAGAAAGCAACCACGAGGACGAAGGAACGACCAGCAGACGGAGGAGGUGGUGGAGGAGUGGUGGCUUUGGUGUCUGCAGAACAGGUGGUAUGGGUGGGGGGGCAUUUGGGAUGGCGAAUGGAAACGAGAGCAGUGAAGGGCCUGCUGGGCCCAUGGCAGCAGUGGUGGCUACCACAGGAGGUAUGGUAGUAGAGAAUCCCUCCUCAGCUGUCUCUACCUAUAUCAAACUGGUGCUACUGGGGCUGAUCAUCUGCAUCAGCCUGGUGGGCAACUUGGUGGUGUCUCUGCUUGUGCUGAGGGACCGGGCCCUGCACAAGGCACCCUACUACUUCCUGCUGGACUUGUGUCUGGCAGACACUAUUCGCUCAGCCAUCUGCUUCCCCUUUGUGCUGGUGACUAUAAAGAAUGGCUCAGCCUGGACCUAUAGCGUGCUGAGCUGCAAGGUGGUGGCCUUCAUGGCAGUGCUCUUCUGUUUUCAUGCCGCCUUCAUGUUGUUCUGCAUCAGCGUUACACGCUACAUGGCCAUCGCACACCACCGCUUUUACUCAAAGCGCAUGACAUUCUGGACAUGUGUGGCAGUGGUGUGCAUGGUAUGGACAUUGUCUGUGGCAAUGGCUUUCCCGCCUGUUUUUGAUGUGGGCACCUACAAAUUUAUUCGCGAGGAGGACCAGUGCAUCUUUGAACAUCGCUACUUCAAGGCUAAUGAUACCCUAGGCUUUAUGCUAAUGCUAGCUGUUCUCAUUCUAGCCACACAUGUCGUCUACAUGAAGUUACUCCUCUUUGAGUACAAACACCGCAAGAUGAAGCCGGUCCAGAUGGUGCCUGCCAUCAGUCAGAACUGGACCUUCCAUGGACCGGGGGCAACUGGACAAGCAGCAGCCAACUGGAUUGCAGGCUUUGGCAGGGGUCCAAUGCCGCCCACUCUGCUGGGAAUCCGGCAAAACUUGCACAACCAGAAUCGGCGCCUGUUAGGCAUGGAGGAGUUCAAAGCGGAGAAGCAGCUUGGCAGGAUGUUCUACGUGAUCACCCUGCUGUUUCUGGUGCUCUGGUCUCCAUACAUAGUGGCUUGCUACUGGAGAGUGUUUGUCAAGGCUUGCACAAUACCACACCGGUACCUCUCCACCACUGUGUGGAUGAGUUUCGCCCAAGCUGGGGUCAACCCAAUUGUCUGUUUCUUCCUUAACAAAGACUUGAAGAAAGGGCUCCUUUCCCACCUACCAGCCUGCUGCAGGACUAAACCUCAUCUGCCACGAGAGCCUUAUUGUGUCAUGUAAGCAGAGAUGAUGAUCUGAAUAUGGAAAAAAAAACGAAGGGCAGCCAACAGAUGUUCUGUGAGAGUCUCUGCUUGAGUUAUUGUGGCUUUCGAUUCAAUGCAAGCUACUUUGAAGCAGUGGGUAUAAACUAGUGAGCAUAAUGGAAACUCUGAAAUGAUUAGCAUGUAUUCCCAUCUACCAACCAUCCAUUUUUUAUUCAUAACAACAGCAUACAUGGAGUCAGAUGUUGAUAACGAGGGAAAUAAUUUUAGAACAAAACAUGCAAGUAAUAAUGCAGUCAUUGUUUAAAACAAUCCAAACAAAAAGCCACCAACAAAUAACUAACUAAUAACUAAUUUAAGCCGCUUCAUAAAGUGGUCGAUUCAAAGAGUUCUGGAUUUACACAAAGAAUGUUUGGGUUAAUUUGCAACAAGGAAAAAGAUCAUAUAGUAACUUUGUCUGUCUAAAUUUCAAAAUGUGAUAUUAGUUAGGAAAUCCAGACAAUGCUUUUGGUAUAACACCAGUGGAGAGACGGGAGGAAAAUGAAGGAGUGAUGCAAGAUCUGAACUAUGGACGUUGCCAUUCAUGCUCAGCAUCUUGACCACUAACUGCACUUUUUUUGGUGUUUGAUUUUUAGCUCUUGACAACAUUAUUCCAGGUGUCCAUUUUCUUAUAAUUUUGAUUUUCUGGCACAACACAAAGACACUGUCUUUUUGUUCAGAAAUUUACCCAUGGAGAGAAACUUCAAAAUAAUCAAGCUGAAGUUUAAACAGUCUGUCCAAUUCAGAAAUCAGUUGAAAAGAUAAUAGAUUAUAAUUUCAUUUUGGCCUGAAAAUUAUUCAACAAUCUAAGUCUUUAUAAAUUUCCUGUACUUAGUAAAGUAAACAAAGGCAGCCUUUAAGAAUCAGGACUAUGGGUGUUAUUCUUGUGAGACUACAUCUUAAAAAGGAAUUCUGGUAGUUUAAAAGAUGGGCCCUAUUGUUAAAAUAAAUCAUAAAAACAAGUCAUGAAGCAAGGUCACAGGUCACACUAACCAGUUACAUUAAACAUGCCUGUGUUAGACUUCAGUUCUAAUGUCUCUACAUGAAGUACAAAAUUUCCAUCACACCUAUGUUCACAAGGUUUGGUGAGUUAACGAUUUCUACCUGGCAAAAGUUUUUGAAUCGGUCAAAGUAUAUUUCCUCAGCUGGCAUCAUGACAUGGCUGCAACAUAAUCCUGUGGGGCAAUUGUCAAAGCCAAAUGUGCUUGUUUUUGGAACUGACAGGCUGGAGUUUUUUAUUUUAAGUGUCUAUGUCUAUGUGUAUAUUAUGAAAUUGAUUCCUACAGAGACAGACCAUCUGUUUGUGUUGCAGCCAUUGCAGCCUUGUCGCAGCUUCCAGCUAAGGUGAUCCACUGGACCGAUUCUGAAAUUUUUGGUAUGAAUCAUUUACACACCAGUAUAUGUAAAUCUAGGGCCUGGGUUUAAAGACAGUGAAAUUUCCCCUUUUUAAUUGUGUGAUGAAAUAUAAAUGCUCAUACGCAUACCUUUCACUGAAUGAAGAAGAAAGAUCUCUUCAUCUAGAGCAAACACAUCAGUGAUGGGAACAGAAAGUAUAUAUAUUUUCUUUGUUGACAAAUAAUCCAUGUCUAAUCCUCCACUAGGUGUUGCUCACUGAUGUUAACUAAAACACACAAAGAUUCCCUUCAAGUGACUGAAGAAAUUCCACUGAUACAUGUGUGCUUUUAAUUGUGUGCAUCAUUUGCAGUGAUGGGACUAACGGCGUUAAAAUAAACGGUGUUACUAACAGCAUUAUUUUUUUCAGUAAUGGGUAAUUAACUAAUUACUAUUUUCAUCGUUACAACAUUGUUACCUUUACCGACAAUUAAAUGUGGCACGUUAUAAACUGAAGCUACUCAAUGACGCUGUUGUCAUCCGACUUGGCUCUCAGCCAACUGCAAAGCUGUUUUUUAUUUUCUUUGGUGAGGGAGGAGGGAGGGGCUAAGGUAGCAUAAGAGUUUGUAAGCCAAUCAGAGGCAGUGUUCAGUUUACACACAAACAACAUGCACACAGCAGCCUGACACACACAAACUUGCUGCAGAUGUGAGCUGCAGCAAUGAUGAAAAGGCAAGAACGUACAUGUGAAGUGCUCAUUAUGUCCCAGAGCGAAGUGUUUGUCCACGUCCAUUGUUAGCAACUCUAAUCUAAUGAAGCAUCUCUCAGCACCACAUGCUUCUACAAAGUUAGUGGCCAAAAACACCGUUAUUGACACUGUUGAUGAUGACAGCAGGCCAGGUGUGGCUAUCAUGAGCUCCGAAGACAUGGAACUGUCCCAGCAGCUAAAGCUGGAUUUUUCUGCUCCAGCUUCAAAAAAAACCUGUGCCACAGACUGAACUGAACUCAAUGAUAGGCAGGUAUGUUGUGGAGAACAUGCUCCCGUUAUCAGCAGUUGACUCACCUUCAGAGCCCUCAUGAAUACUGGGGAGAGCAGGUGCCGGUACUACUCUAUGCAACUGGCUUGUGAAACCCGCUUAGAAAAAAAAUCUUAAUUCAUAUUUAUACAAAAAAAAGUAAUGCAAUAGUUACUUUCCCUGGUAAAUAAUUACAUUUAUAGUGGAGUAAUUCCAUUACUAACUCAGUUACACAGUAUCUCUCACUUUUGAGAAAAGUAACUUGUAACUAUUAAUAAAAAUUACUAAAACGUGCCCAACACUGAUCAUUUGAAGACAAAGAAUAAACCCUCAUCAGCCCAGUUUAUAUUAAGCAGAGACGUCUACUAACAGCAGUCUGCUAUAACCUGCAAUUUGAGUCUGAUUACAAUCAGCAGUUGAACAAAAAGUUCCUUAGAGAGUAUCACUUCCCUUUCCCAGCAAGUCGUGUAAAUAAGAUCAUCCAAAUACUGAGAAUGUGGUGGAAAUCACUUUCCAUUGGCUACCUGGUGCACUUAAUUUACUCAAGGCCAUUUUAAAAGUUUGAAAUGGAUGGUUUCUUUCAAAGCCUCAUUUUCUUGUGACAUCAGUCCAGGGCUUUAUAUAAAAAGCUAAUUAUCACUGUGUGGAUCAACUUUCGGUCACCAACCAGUCCACUCACUUAAAUUGGCAUUUAUGUUGGAAAAUUUAAAAUUUAAUUUUAAUUUUAAUUAAUUUUAUAUUUUUAUGUUUUUAAAAGCAAAAUGAUGAUAAGGAUAGACUCAUGUUAGAAGAGAGUUAUUACUUUUUCAGUCAAAGUACUGAGAUAAAUUCAACACUUGAAUUUGACUUACUGCCCCAGGAGUUAAGUUGGAAUUCUGAUAAAAAGCAAUUAAAUCAACUGUGAUUACUUAGAGGACUUAAUGGGUACAACUAUGUCCCCAUCACAACAUGGAGCCAAAUGGCUGACACAGAAUUUUUUUUAUAUUUCUUUCAACCAGCUCAUAACAUUAUGAGAUAAACCUGGAGUCAAUAUCGACUUGAUAUUAUUUGAUCAUAUGGUAGAGCUUAGGAGACGUAAAUCAUCAGCAUUACCACACACAGACUAGUGAAGGAAUAAGGAUGCAGUUGAAGGCACAUCAGCUGCUUUACUUUUGCACAAAUAUAGAUAAAUCGAUUAACUGUGCUUCUUUCCUUUUUCUCUCUGAAAAUGAACUGCAACUUGAAGUUUAGUUUGGUGGAAGUAAAGGGCAGGGCACGGAGAUUGUAAUUAGUGAAUGUGUGAAAACGUGACACAGUGCUUAAGAUUGAGGGAAAGUGUGGUUGGCUGCUCUACCGUGGCCUAUCUGUAACACCUGACAGCAGCAUGCCGCAGUGAAUCGCUAAUGUUUAAGAAUUUUCAAAAUUAUGGCCUUACUCCAUCAAAACGUCCAAACAAUGCAACCAGGAGAAGACGAACGUGUCUCUUCUGUCUGCACUGAAGUCAUUCAACAGGAUGAAACAGAACACUGUGUACACUAGUGACGUCUGGAAGACUUGUUGCUCUUCCCAUCAAAACCUGGAGAACUGUGAUCAUGGACAGAGAGGACAUGGGGAGAAAAGGUGAAGAUCAAACAAAAGUGACUUUUCUACUGCAGAACCUGAGUGAACCCUGCUUUGGAUUUCUGUGGGAUCGUUUUUUUCAGUUGUUUUCCUCACAACCUGAGGAAUGAAGGAAAAACAACUGGUCUUUCCAUUUUCAUUUGUGAGACAAAGCCAGAGAAAAGUGUGGAUUCACAGUCAAUGCUGGAGAGACCUGACAGUGCUUUUUUAGUUGCCUCAGGCAGAUUAUCUUUUGUAAAUUUAAUGUGACCUCUGUACUAGUUAGUAUGUAUUAUAUUGACAGCAAACCAACUCUGAAAUGCAACUGAAGAGUUCCUGAUCAUUGCAUUUUUACUCUGUGUGUGUGUGUGUGUGUAUGUGUGUGUGUUUCUAUUUGCAGGUAUGAAUCUGUGUAUGUAUGUGUAAGAUGGUGGUUAUAUGGGUGAGACAGGUUAAUGAGAUGGAAAAUACUGAAUAGUUACAUAUUGCAUUCUGAAAAGACAUCAUUCCUGCAAAUGCUUCCUCAGUAUUUCUAAUGUUGACCUUUUUCCUCACACAAAGAUCUGAAUGUGUUUUCAAACCAAUGAAGUUUACUUAAGUCCCUUUUUGUAAACAUGUAGUAAAUUAUCAUGAAUUGGCCUUUUUUGUACAUAUAGAGGGAUAAUGAAGGUAAAAAGGCAUCAGAUAAAAAAUCCAGACAGGCCAAAUGCGACUGAACACACUGGCCUCUCUCUGAAUGUUUUGUUGAAGAAUAAAUUCAUAAAAAAUGAAGUAUGCCAAACUACAAUUUUCAUGAUGAUAAAUAACCAAGAAUUGUACUUACAAAACACUGCACUUUGACAUAAAAUCAGCUCCAAAUUGCUACUCUCUUUAAAGGGUAAAACCAAAUUAUUCAGCUUGGGUCUUCUCCAUCAUUCCCAUCAGCAAUAAGUGCACUGAGACCUGUGAACACAGUCGCCUCGCAGUCUGAAAGGUUGCGAAACACAAGCAGUCACAUGAUUAGACAGGUUGAAAACCAACCAACAAGCCAACCAAUACUUUGUAGGAAAAUUAAAUCAAGGUUUACAGACACAAUACAGUGCUACAGGAAUUAGUCCUUAAACCAGGAAAUAAGUUAGCAUUUUUGCUCUUCAUGUUCCCUAACCCUAACCCUUCUCAAGUCACUGGGGUUAUUGAAUUGGUUCUCAGUUAAAUGCCUGAAAUAAGGUCUGCGGUCAAACAUCAUCUCAGUGAACACAGAGACUCAUCUGUUCACCAGUCGGUCUUUACAGACUAUUACAAACUAUUCUAACUCUAACUUCACAACUUUGUCCCUAUUUUCACAGACUUUAAUGACUUUGAAAAUAAUCUUUUAAAUUGACAAAUACUAUAUGUGUGAUCAUGACACAGUUCAAAUGAGUCUUCCUCCAUUCUCUACCAUACAGACUUUUUCUGAAAUAAGGUCCCAUAGGGCAAACUAGAAGGGGCAUGACUUUGGCUCUCUAUGGGUCAAAAAUGAUUUGCUUAAUCUCCCAUGAUAACAAGCUCAACUGCAUUUGUUUUCUCAAGAUCAGAAAUUAUUUAUGUCAUUAUCAAGGAAUAGCACAUUGAUCUGAGAUAACAAGAUCAUUUAUCUUGAGAAAACAACUUAAUAAGAUUCAAAAUGGUGGACCGUUACUUAUCGUUUGGGGAGUGUAUACAUUUUUAAUGAAACAGUUGAAUGUUUUACCCACUUAUUUGAUAUGAGGGUAUUUACAUUAGGGCUAGCACAGGAGAUAGGUAUAACAAUAGUGAUAUUAUGUAGUGCUUGUUUCCAAACAGACUUUCCAGAGUAGGUGGCCUGAGUGUCCAUUAUGCCAUGUAUGUACGUCUGUGACGGAAAUAAUAACAGUGUUAGCUGCUGAAAAUCAUUUAAUCGUCCAUUCUGUGUAGAGACAAGACAGAAUGAAACAACAGUCCUACAUACAGUGAUCAACUCCAAGCAGACAUGUUUCUGUC